GGCGUUCCUGCUGUGUUUCCUACCGGAGUGGAGGUCGGACAACGCAGCCUCCGGUUGGUGUGGGGGGUUUGUUCCCUGCCACAAACUGUGCAGCUCAAGAAAAACAAAAACCAGGGGAGGCGUAUCAACUUUUGAAAGCAAAGGUCACAUGUUACUGUCAGUGCCGAAUCCUACCACUGAGAGAAUACGAAACAGCGGGGUGAAAGAAAAAGCCAGAGGAAGACCUGUAAUGGAAAAGCAAGAGUCAGACGCGGUGAGGCUGGAUUUACCCAGAGAAGUCCACGGGGCCAGGGGAUUCCCUGCCUUGCUUCUGGUGCUUUGCCACCUCUGGUCUGCUGCUGCAUUUGGCUGCUGAUCCUGAGACUCUUCACUUGCGGGGGACAAGUCUGAGAAGGCUCAUCCUUUGGAGAACCACCAUGAUGCUGAAGUCCUGAUCGAGAUCUUUGACUGAGACCUGGAGCUCCAAGCAAGGAAGUCAUGGAAACCAUCCAGCAGCCCCUGAGUUGCCAAGUAAAGCAAUGAGUUCCUACUGGGCCCCGUGAGCUUCUCGUGGAAGUUCUCCUCUUUCCUCAGUUUCUCCUGGCAUCCUAAGAGCCUUUUCUGAAGCCCUCUGGUGGCCACAGGCAUGUCACCUGCCAACCAGUCCUUGGAGCUGUGCAGGGAUCACAGCACCAGCCACUGGCUUCACUUGAUUGGGUACAGCCUGAUUUUCACAGCCGGGCUGCUUCUCAAUGUGGCGGCACUCUGGAUCUUCCUGUACUACCUGCGCGUCAAGUCUGUGGUGAGCAUCUACAUGCUGAACUUGGCUGUGAGUGACCUCCUUUUCACAGUUUCUUUGCCCUUCCGUAUCUACUAUUACGCCAGGGGGGAAUGGCCCUUCGGGAUCUUCCUUUGCCAGGUCUCUGGCUCCGUCUUCCAGAUCAACAUGUACGGCAGCUGCCUCUUCCUCAUGUGCAUUAAUCUGGACCGCUUUGUUGCCAUCGUCUACCCACUACGCUGGCGCCACCUCCGGCGCCCAAAGGUGGCACGACUGCUCUGCCUGGUGGUGUGGGUGCUUAUCCUGAUGGGCUCUGUUCCAGUGGCUGGCGUUCACAAAACCACAUCUUGUCAAAAGCAGAACCAGAACAUCACACUGUGCUUUGAAAGCUUCAGUGACAUCCUGUGGCAGAAAGGACUCUUCCCCUUGGUGAUUCUGGCAGAGAUCCUUGGCUUUCUCCUACCUCUCACCUCCGUGACCUACUGCUCAGUUCGGAUUUUUCGGAAACUGUGCAAACCAGGCCAGGAGCAGAGCCUGCGCCAGCAGAAGACAAUUCGCCUGCUUGUGGUCAACUUGGUCAUCUUCGUUAUCUGCUUCGUACCCUAUAAUAUCAUCCUGGCAGCCUACGGGAUGAUCAAGGCCCGUGUGUUCCAGGCAGCGCCACUGACGAAGGAUUCUGUGCGCCAAGCACUUGUGGUCACCGUGCUCUUGGCCAGCAUGAACUGCACCCUGGACCCCCUGGUCUAUUACUUCAACACAGAGGGCUUCCGAAACACUUUAAAGAAGCUGAGGAGGGGGCAGGCUUGGGAUUCUGAGACCGGAACACUUCAGACUCGGGUAACGCCAACUAAGCCUUACCAGGCACGUGCUGAGGCGGGAGCCAAACGGUUCCCUGUUCGGUACUUGAUCCUCCCUCACAAAGAUUUGCCGUUUACUCCUCCUAAGAUAUUUUUAAAUAGCCCCAUCGAAGACUCUGAAAUAUAAGGACAGAUGGAUUACCAUGCUGGUGACUUUGGGAAUUUCGGAACAGGGUGGAGAAAAAAUGAUGAAACCCAAAUAUGAAGAAGGAGGGGGCAGACAUUUAGACAAACCCAGGCAAAGGUGGCUCCAUAUUUCCCCAGGUGGUUUCAGAUAUUACUUUUAAACUUUUAUUUUUGUUCCUGUUCACACCAACACGGUAUACAAGAUGUCAAUGUUGUUGCAGUGAUUUUAUGGCCAGGUCAAGUUUUACAUUAUACUCCUCUCCAGAAACCAGCACCAAAGGGUAUGAAAAAGUACCUCCAGAGGCAAGGCUGUUGAAAUUCAAGGUUCCCCAUGCUCAGGUAGAUUGCUCCUGUACAUAGCUGUGCAAAAAAAUUGCUAGUUGUGCGACUGCCCAAUUCUGUAUCGGGUAUUUCCAGUUUUCUCCCCUCCCAGCAACACUAUUCAAUGGCUGUGGUUUAUUGUGUUCACCUGUUGGCAUUGGGCCAACGGGAGGUGUAACAGCAUAAUAGCUGCCUUCACUAAACCUCUGAGCAAGAUCCAACAUCUGGCUUUUCAUCCACCGUCUUGAGAACAUGCUUAAUUAGUCUACAGUGAAAACGUACAGUUUAACAUUAUGAUAAUAAUUAAAUCUAUGAUCUUUUUA